UUCGCGCGUUACUACGUCGGACAUUGUUUUACAGCUACCGCGUGCAGUCGCCGCGCAGCUCCGUUCGCGUUCGUUCCGCUGUUCCGACGUUUCGUUUUCACCUGAAUGAUACGCGAUCCAAGAGUGGGCGCACGUGAGCGCACACGCACAUCGCUAACCAAGCAAACGCACUGCGCGUUCCGAUAACGUUAACGAUUGUGUAACGGCGGACUCCCAGUACGCGAUUGAUAUUUUAAUCGGACGUUGUAUACAUUAUUAUCGGUGCGUACGUAAUCACCGUACCUGACCAUCAUUUACUUGUACUAUCGUCGUCGUUGUUGCGCUUUGCUCGCGGUGUACGCGGUCUCGUCGAUAUUGAUGCGUCGGUCUGACGCGUUUUUCUCGGCUAUCAUCCGCUACCGAUCGAUAUUCGGGAUUAGUCGCGUCGCUCCGAUCUGUGCACGUGAUUUCACCCUCGAAUUCCGAGGUCCGAAUAUCAUGUGUCAGAAUCAUCGUCGUUGGCGAUCAACCAGUGAAAUAAUUGAUGAUAAAGAAUUGAAUGCUUUUAAAAUAGAGUUGUGAAAUAUUCUUGCUGUCAUGAAUUCUCUUGUUGAUAAUUUAUCAAACUGUACAGUAACGACUCAUGAUAGAGUUGUUUCUCCUUCAAAUCAAAAUUUCUUCCAACUCCUUGUAACAAUUGAAAGUGGGCAUUUAAAAAACAAUGGUGGAUUGAUAAAACCACAUCCAUAUGUGGAACUUAAUGUUGAUGAUUUCAAAAGACAUAAAACAGAAGUUAUCAAAAAUACUUAUCAACCCAAAUGGAACGAAGAAUUUACUGUACUUGUUACUCCUUACUCAAUAUUGCAUUAUCGUGUAUUAGAUUAUUAUAAAUUUCAAAAAGAUGUACUAAUAGCUGAAAAAAGUAUAAGUCUAUAUGAUAUUUUAUCUAAUUAUAAUGGUGUCUGUGAUAAUUUGGAGCUAACAAUUGAUUUAAUGCGAGCACGUCAUAAUGAUCAUCUUGCAACAAGUUCAUCUGCUACCAACAAUUUGGUCAAGGUCGGGGAAUUAGUUACCAUAUUGAAUGGUUUUCAAAUAGAUAUGUCUCAAGUUUCGAAUCCCCCCAGAGAACCAAGCACCAGUACUAAUCACCAAAUAGGAUUAUCAAAUGGAUAUUUCAGCUAUGGAGUUAGAGUACGUAAUCGUAAUGCAACAGCUAAUGCAUCACCACCGAUCUUACUAACAGAUUCGAAUAUAUCAAAUAAUCAUACAAAUAAUGCAUUGACUAACAACAUAUUGACAAAUAAUCGUAGUCCUCCAACAUCAGCAGUGCAAAGUAGUCCAGCUGAAGGGACUAUUACCAUUCAUCAUCAAAAUGGACCUGUUACUUUACCAAUUGAUGAACCGUUACCUGCUGGUUGGGAAAUGAGAUUUGAUGCAUUUGGACGACAAUAUUAUGUAGAUCAUAAUACUAAAUCAACUUCUUGGGAACGACCUCAGCCAUUACCAGCAGGUUGGGAACUAAGAAGAGAUAACCGUGGACGUAUUUAUUAUGUGGAUCAUAAUACACGUACUACUACAUGGCAACGUCCUAACAGUGAAAGAUUACAACAUUACCAGCAUUGGCAAGGCGAAAGAGCGCAUGUAGUUCAACAGGGAAAUCAGCGAUUCCUUUAUCCACAACAUGCAGUGGGAACAGGUUCAGGACCAAAUAAUAGACAAAGUGCUACAGGAGCAUCAACUACAAACCCAGUUCUUGAUGAAGAAGAUCGUAUGGGAAAGUUACCUAAUGGUUGGGAAAAGCGUGUACAACCUGAUGGUAGAUGUUAUUUUGUAAAUCAUAAAAGUCGCAUUACUCAAUGGGAAGAUCCACGUACUCAAGGAACCGAAUUGGUAAUUGAUAACUCUGAUCUACCAACUGGCUGGGAAGUAAGAAAAACAACUGAUGGAAUUAGAUAUUUUGUUGAUCAUAAUACUCAUACAACUACAUUCGAAGAUCCUCGUAAUGUACCAUCUAUUCAUUGUUUAUCUGGUCCUUAUGGGGUACCCGCUGCAUAUGAAAGGUCAUUCCGUUGGAAACUUAGUCAAUUUCGAUAUUUGUGUCAGAGUAAUGCAAUAUCAAGCCACAUCAAGAUAACUGUUUCUAGACAAACUUUAUUUGAAGAUUCUUAUCAUCAAAUAAUGAGAUCUGCUGCUUAUGAAAUGAGAAAACGUUUAUAUAUAGUCUUUCGUGGAGAAGAAGGCUUAGAUUAUGGUGGUGUUUCUCGAGAAUGGUUCUUUUUACUCUCUCACGAAGUACUUAACCCAAUGUAUUGUUUAUUUGAAUACGCAAACAAAAACAAUUACAGUCUUCAAAUAAAUCCUGCUUCUUAUGUUAAUCCAGAUCACUUGUUAUACUUUAAAUUUAUUGGACGUUUUAUAGCAAUGGCUUUAUAUCAUGGUCGAUUUAUUUAUUCUGGUUUCACCAUGCCGUUUUAUAAACGUAUGUUGAACAAAAAACUCACCAUGAAAGAUAUUGAGUCAAUUGAUCCAGAAUUUUAUAACUCAUUGGUUUGGGUUCGUGAUAAUAAUUUAGAAGAAAGUGAUAUUGAAAUGUUCUUUGGGGUUGAUUUUGAAGUCCUUGGUCAAGUUGUCCAUCAUGAAUUGAUAGAAAAUGGAGAUAAAGUACAAGUUACUGAUGCUAACAAAGAUGAAUAUAUUAGACUAAUGACUGAAUGGCGAAUGACUCGUGGUAUUGAAGAGCAAACACAAGCAUUGUUGGAUGGAUUCAAUGAAGUUGUUGCAUUGGAAUGGUUGAAAUAUUUUGAUGAACGUGAACUUGAACUCAUGCUGUGUGGUAUGCAGGAAAUUGAUGUUGAAGAUUGGCAACAACACACUAUCUACAGACAUUAUAAUCGCACCAGCAAGCAAAUUAACUGGUUUUGGCAGUUUGUUAAACAAGCUGACAAUGAAAAACGAGCAAGACUGUUACAAUUCGUGACUGGAACGUGUAGAGUCCCAGUUGGUGGAUUUGCUGAAUUAAUGGGGAGCAAUGGUGCGCAGAGAUUCUGCAUUGAGAAAGUAGGCAAGGAAACGUGGUUACCUCGAUCUCAUACAUGUUUCAAUCGAUUAGACUUGCCACCAUAUAAGAGCUAUGAUCAAUUAGUUGAAAAGCUCAACUACGCGAUUGAGGAGACUGAAGGUUUUGCUCAAGAAUGAAACACAAAUAUAUUCAGGUUAAUGUUCCCUCAGUUGUUACGAUUUUAAAUAUAUAAAUAUAAUAAAGUAAAUUAAUAUUUACAAAACGGAACAUUGAUAUCAUAACCUUAGAACAUAAAAAUAACGGUGAAACCGUAUUUGACCUUUAAAAGGUUUAAAAAUACAUUCCUCAAUUAUUUUCUGUUUUUAUUUUUAUGCAUUGUUAAUUAUUUUUGGAAUUAGUAUUUUUAUUCAUUGAUGUUUCUUAUAUUGUUGUAUCCCUCCCAAUCAUAUAGUUACUAUUACUCAUAGAUUUAAGAACUGUGUUUUUAUAAAUAAGGGCAUGUAUGUAAUUAAUUCAAAGUUAUGUUUAAUGUAAUGUUUGUGAAUGCAAAGUUUAAUGUAUAAAA